UCUCCUGUGCCUGGAUAAGGCCACAGAUAAUCACAUCAUGGUUCCUAAGAGCAAGGCUGCUGAGGCAACCAAAGUGGCAAUCGAUGUAGGUUUCCGUCACAUUGAUGCAGCAUACGUCUAUGAAAAUGAGGAGGAGGUCGGCCAGGCACUUCGAGAGAAGAUUGCGGAUGGCACUGUGAAGAGAGAGGACCUAUUCUACACCACCAAGCUUUGGUGUACUUUCUUUCGACCAGAAUUGGUUCAACCUGCCCUGGAGAGAUCACUGAAGAAACUUCAACUGGACUAUGUAGAUCUAUUCAUCAUUCAUGUGCCAGUAGCUAUGAAGCCUGGAGAGGAGCUUAUGCCUAAAGAUGCCAAUGGGAAAAUUAUUUUAGAGACAGUGGACCUGCGUGACACCUGGGAGGCUCUGGAGAAGUGUAAGGAUGCAGGUUUAACCAAGUCCAUUGGGGUGUCCAAUUUCAAUCACAAACAGCUGGAGAUGAUCCUGAACAAGCCAGGGCUCAAGUACAAGCCUGUCUGCAACCAGGUGGAAUGUCACCCGUAUCUCAACCAGAGCAAACUCUUGGAAUUCUGCAAGUCCAAGGACAUUGUUCUUGUUGCCUACAGUGCCCUGGGGUCCCAAAAAGACCCAAACUGGGUGGAAAAGGACAGCCCCACUCUCUUGGAGGAGCCGGUCUUGAAGGCCAUUGCCAAGAAGCACAACAGAAGUCCAGGGCAGGUGGCCCUGCGUUACCAAGUGCAGCGAGGGGUAGUGGUCCUGGCCAAGAGCUUCAGUGAGAAGAGAAUCAAAGAGAACUUCCAGGUUUUGGAGUUUGAAUUGACUCCAGAAGACAUGAAAGCAAUUGAUGGCCUGAACAGAAAUUUCAGAUUUUUUAAAUUGCCAUUUGCUGUAGGUCACCCCUAUUAUCCAUUUUCUGAAGAAUAUUGACCAUCAACUACCCAUCAUGUGUUCUCUCCGAAUCUCCUGCUUCCAGGGUGUGGAGAGGAUUUCUGCAUUUGGGGGAGCUGAUUAAAAGCAGUUCUGUAGUUUCACGCUGCUUCCCGGUUUUAUUUUUUAAAAUCUUUUUAUUUUGUGAAAUAAUAAAGACUUCUAAAUGAA